AUGAAAAAUUGUGGCAAGAAAUUUGACUGCAAAACUGCUGAGGAGCAUCGACAUGAUUGGAGCCAAAACAGUAUUGAUACUGAUGAACACGAGGAGUUAAAUAAAAACCCAGCCUCCGUGAAAACCAUGGAAGACUUGCCGAUGGAAAGGUUUAUGAAAGAUGAGUUUUGUCAACAAAAGGUUGGAACAAUUGAGGAACUACGGAAACGAAUUGCUGAAUUAGAGGCUAUAACUAGUAGAACAGCCGAAGAGGAAGCCGAAUUAGUUGCUAAAAAACAAGAGUUAGCCGAGUUGGAAAAACAACAGCAAGAGGGAGGUGGCAAGAAUAAAAAUAGACACCGAAAUAAGAAAAUUCCUAACUCACAGGGUAGAAGUUGUAAAGAUAAGAUACCAGUUUGGGGAGCAGUUGAAAGAGGUGGCUUCCUUAUUGCUGAGGCUGUUCCCAAUAAUCAACAAAGCACUUUGGUGCCAAUGGUUAGGGGUAAUAUCAAAGCAGGUUCUAAUGUUUACAGUGAUGAAUUACCUGCUUAUGAAAUCCUGGUUUCCACUAAUACUAUCGAAAGUGCUUGGACUCCUUUUAAGAGAAGUGUUUAUGGGAUUUAUCACUGGAUAAGCAAAAAGCAUGCUCAGAGAUAUGUCGAUGAGAUUACUUUUCGUUAUAACACUCGAAAGUAUGAAGAGAAAGACAGAUUUGAUUUAGCACUUUUAUCAAAAGAUGGGACUAGACUUUUAGCAAGCAAUAGCAUUCAAGUUGUCCUAAAAAUGGUAGAGGAAGGUGAACAAAAAGAAAGGGGCACAAAUUUGAGCAAAUUUUUAGGUCAAAAGUCUCUUAAACCCUUUGUAGAUAAGGAAAAAAACGACCGCACUUUUGAACCGGUCGUUUUUUAUGACAAAGGUGUUAAGAUUAAUGGUUUUAAAGCAACCACAUUGGUAGAUGUAGGUAAUGUCUACUUGGCACUAGAAAAAUGGGCAAUGAGGCAAGGAAAAAAAUUACCUACAAGACAAGCAAUAAUUGCCGACCAAAGCAGAAUAUUAUUAGGGGCACUUGCCAAAGUUAGUAUUGAUGCUCUAAUUGAUGAAGCAACUGUUUAUAAAAAAUUACCUGAUGGUGUGUUAGAUGCAUUGAAGAAAAAAACUCCUAAAAACAAAAGACUUCACCAAUCUUUAACUCCGGAGAUAGGUAGAGAGCAUUUAAAAAAGCAGAUUUACACAGUAGAAGCACUAGCUUCAAUUUCUAAAACAAAAGAGGAGUUUAUAAGAUUAAUGAAAGAAAAAGAAAAAAACCAAUCUCGACAAAAUUUGACUUCUGAAAAAUUAGAUAAGGAAGAGAACCAAGAAGUAGAUUUCGACAAGAUUUUGAAGAAUGCCAUAAAUACUCCACCUUUAAAACUAAAAGACCUUAAAGAAAAAUUGAAAAAAGAUAGAGAGAAGAAAUCUUAA